AUGGCCGGUCCACCAAACCCAUUCGCUGGCUUGGCCCAAGCCCAAAACCAGAGAAAUGGAACCUCGAAUCGUGGAGGGCGUGGAGGACGAGGACGACCGUCGCCGUUCCAGCCUAAAAUUCUGAAUGCGCCUCCGUCUACGACGCCAACAGCACCUUCAUCCAGUGACAACAAGACCCGUGGUCGAGGACGAGGACGAGCUACGUCGACGAGAGGGUUUACGCGAGGUCGGGGAGGCUCGACAGGACAUGUCAACGCGUCACGUAAUAAGCCCGAGUCGAAUGGUGCGUCCGAGUCGCCGUUUACGCAACCGAAGUCGAAUAAGUGGAUCGCACCGCCUGCGCCUGCGCCAUCGCCUUUUGGUGUCCAGAAUUCGCAGACAAAAUCGCCAUUUGCUUCGAAUGGAUCGUCUCGGGGGCCAGGCUUUGGUGGAUUUGGGCCGCAACAGGCUGUUACAACAAAGAAGCCAGUGAUGAAUGGUGCGACGGGGGCUGUGCCGGUUGAAGAUGCUUCGACUUUGAGCAGUUACACUGAGCGAUACGAACAGCUCAAACUUGAUAGAGCAAAGGAGAGAGAAUUGGCUAUUAAAAAGGGUCUUAUGGCUGAUCCCAACCAACCCACCUCUCUAAAUCAGGCGAUUACUCCCGUUGGCACUUGCACGAGCAUGUGCCCCGACUUUGAGCGCGUCGAGCGCAUUGUUCAGAAGAUGGUGGAUAAGAGUGAAAAGGUAUCGACAUCAAGAUUGGAAUGGCCAUUACGUUCCCCAGGCUUACGGUUAUUACCUCAGUUUCUUCACCCAGCAACAAAUUCGUUACAAUAUAUGGAGACAAAGAUGCUUAAGCGAUUCAGAAGAUCGGCUGCCGGUUAUGACGAACAGCUUCCAUCCGAUAUUCGAACGCCCAAUACACUCCUUCAAACCACCAAUUACCUAAUCCGACAUGUCGUUGGAGGCCCUGAGCCUCUCGGUUUGAUUCACAAAUUCGUCUGGGAUCGUACUCGAUCUAUCCGGAAUGAUUUUUCUGUGCAACAACUCACUCAGGAAGACCAUGUUCGAACAGCAGUCACUUGUCUGGAACGGAUCGCACGGUUCCAUAUCCUUUCCCUUCAUCUACUUUCCAGCCCUGCGAAUGAGGAGCCAUUUGACCGCCACCAGGAACGGGAACAGCUCAACAACACCAUGCUAUCAUUGAUGUAUUACUACGAUGACAACCGUGGUCGUAUUUCGUUUGCCAACGAAGACGAAUUCAGGGCGUACUACAUCAUCUUCUCUAUCAUGGACCAGAGACCCGAUCUCGAAGCCAGGGUACAGAAAUGGCCUGCCGAGUUACGGAACUCAAAUCGCGUACAAGCAGCAUUGGAAUUGUUUGCUGCAGCUGGUAAUACGUGGGAUUACCAAGGAACGCUGGACUCUCGACGGCCCAAUGCGAUUGCCCAAGGCUUUUACGCGCGGUUUUUCGCAAUCGUGGACUCUCCCGCCGUGUCAUAUCUCAUGGCAUGUGUCGCGGAGAUUUAUUUCAACCACGUGCGACAGACGGCCAUCCGGUCGAUCUGGAAGGGAUACUGUCGCUACCCGGCCUCUCAGCAGCAUAAAAACGAAGAGUGGACGAUUGAUGAGUUGACGAUGGUGCUAUGUUUCGAUGAUGACGAACAGACGAGAACAUACUGCGAAUCACAAGGUCUGCAAUUCGCUGAAAACGCUAACGGCAACCUAUAUCUCAACUGGGGCAGUGAUCCCAUUGAAUCUGUUGCUUUCCAACCGUCUUCGGAUCAUUCAUUCUCAGAAACUCAUGUCGAAUCGAAGCGUGCAGGCAGAAGCCUGGUCGCGGUUAUCCUCGGACUGAGCAUCAAAGAAGCCGCUAGCAUAGGCAUGAUUGACAGCUCUGUGCUACCACAACGAUUACUUGCUUUGCCCGCUCCCACUGGUCUAUCGACAACGGAGGAUGAUUCUCUUUUCGUUAGCGAUGACGAGAACGAGAUUCCAGCACCUAGCGUUACGGUAUCCAGUGAUAAACCGCCGGCAUUCGCACUGUCUCCCUUUGGGGGUUUCCCGCCAAAAGCUAACGAGCCCCCAACCGCGGCAGCAUCGCAAACGAGUAACCCCUUCCCUUCGCCGUUUAGCGGUGGAUUUGGCCAAGCUCCUGCAGCGCCUACAUCUAUGACACCUGCGGUGUCUGCGCCGGCUUCCUCUAACCCUUUCGCUUCUAGCUUGUCCACCUUUACACCUGAACCGGCAGCGCCAGCUGCGCCCAAUCCUUUCGCUCGUGGUCCGUCUCCGUUCGCACCUGCAACGAGUGCGACAACUGCACCAGCAGCUCCUAAUCCUUUUGCUUCUACGCCAUUUGCACCACCGAAGGUUGGGACACAGGUCACCCAAACGCUUGGGCCCUUUGCUUUGUCUUCUCCGAGUCCGGAGAAGCAAACUAGCGUAUUCGACACAGCGCAGAAUCCUUUUGCUUCUAAACCUGCAGCCCCUGCUACCACGUCACCUGAGGCCAAGUUCCCUUCCUUCUCAACUUCCGCUCCUUCGUCGUUUAAUAUCUCGCAAACUUCGACUUCCUCUGAGCCGACUACUAGUGCUUUCCCUAGCACUUCUCAACCUGCUCCCUCCUCACCAUUCAGUAUCUUCAAGACCCCGGCUUUAACUGAGCAGACUCCGGGAGUCGCUGCUGGACAGCCCCCAAAGAGUCUCUUUGAUACAGCUAAAUCAUCCAGUUUCCCAGGGAGCAUAGGCUCUUUGUUUAACCCCCCUGGUCCGAGUGCUCCUCCCAAAGAGCCUAGUAUUCAAGUUCAGACAAGUGUCUCGAAGCCCGCGCAAGAGACACCUUCAUUGUUCGCGCCGAAAGAAAAUGUGCCGUCUAUUUUCUCGCCAAAUAAGCCAGCCGCAACAACCACCUCAACGAGUUCUAUCCUUGCGCCUAAGGAGAAUACGACUCCGAUGGAACAACCAAGUGUUACAGAGAAACCGACAGCGGCUGAACCGGCAGAGACUGUGCUCGAGCCGAUUGACCUUGCGCCUCCCACAAAGCCGAAUCGUGCGCCGUCGGUUUCUGAGAGUUUGAAGCAGCCCGCAGCCACGCUACCCCCAGCGCCAGCACAGCCAGAAGAGCCUACAACAAAACUUGCUGAGCCUGCUGCUGCGGAGAAGGAAGCGUCUAUUGAUGCAGCCGAGAAACGCGAUGCUUGGUUGAAGACCCUGCAAGAAGCCGCCUCCAGACGACGUGGAGAAACUUCCGGUCGGAAACGGGUUCUCGAGGAGCCGGAAGAGCCGCAACCGACCAGCAGUGGCCCUAAAGCAUCGAAGAUAUUCAAGUCCGAGGAGCCAACGCCUCGCAAAACAUCGAUGGCUUUAUCAUCAAUUAAGCCACUGCCCACGCUUCCUAUCCUGGAACAAGUCAAGUCGACGACUGCACGAAAACCCGUGGAACCGGAACCAGAGCUCAAAUACAACCAAAUCGACGAGGACGAACUCCUCCUAUCAGCAGCCCGCAUCGCUGCGGAGUCGUUACGAAGCGGGCCUCGACUGUCAGACAGCUGGCCCGGCUAUUACAACCACACCGAACGGCCUCGUUCUUCGUUCAGUCCCGCAAGCAGCUUUUCCUCGUCCAUGCCCCCGCUCUCGGGGAGUCAAUCGCCUUCAUAUUCAUCCCACCACCAUGUAAAUGGGCACGAUCUCGCGCUUGCACCUGAUGCAGACUUGGGCCUGGGUCGGAGUUUGUCUCGGACGGAACAAAGACUGCGACUUACCGGUGGUAAAGGACUGGCGUAUAAGCCAUUAGACUUUACGCCCGAGAAGAAAUGA